UGAGGGCUGGGAGGGAACAGCUCAAGCACUGCUCCCAUCACGCUCCCAUCAGGCACACUGCAGCAGCGAGCACAGCCCUGACAUAGAGCGUGGGGUUCCCUCCAUCACUGGUACUGCAGCACCCACUGCUGGCACUGCAGCACCCACAGCCCCAUGGCAGUGCACACCACCAGGCAGAGCUGCUGCUGGGUGGGUUCCGCUCCUGCUGCAGGCACAGUCAGGAGAUGUUAUAGGAAAUGACAACAGAAGCCGAAGGAGACUCUUUUAUUUUUAAUGAUGAGAGAGAGAAGACACCAGCCCUUCUGCAAUUUUGCUCAGAGCUUUGUCUCUGGUUCUCCUUCUCCACAUGUCCAUGUUUGCAUUUAACCACACACCACAGGCAGGAGGAGUACUCUGUAAGGAACUUCUAGGUUCAAGCACUUCUAACCUUCCUCCCAACCACAUGACCAAAUGCCCAGCUGACUAAAACAAGCAAAAUAUUGCUCUAAAGCACCUGACAGGACCCCAGCAGCCCACAGCCCAUCACCCUCAGCUGGGCUCCAGCCCCUGACUAUAUCUGGCAGGUGCCUGGUCAUGCUAGCUGCUGACGAGCUUUCCUGCUCUCUCUAUAAGGCUGCAGUGUACCAGUAGCACUCAGAGCAAGGAGGGUGCCCAUGAGCUCUAUGCUAUGCUGCAGGCAGCCCUGCUGCUCCCUGCUGGGGUGUGGGGAUGAGGCCCCUGGGGCUACAGAGCUGCUGGGGGUGGGCUGGGCUGGGGCAAGGAUGGGGAGUGAGGGGACUGCAUGCUCACCUCCUGCACAAUGCUUCCUGUGCCUCCCAGCGCAGCCUAUGCUGGGCAAUGUGCUCCCAGAAUUCAUCAAGCACGGCCGUGAGAGGAUAGAACAAACCAUCAAGGCAUCCGGCUCCAGGCUCUGCUCAUAUGCUGAACGAGUUGCUAUUUUAAUGGAUCGUUCCCGGACCCCAGACAGCAGUGCCCAGCCUACAACACCAACUGACAACAUCAACCUUGGACCUUCUGCUAACCCAAAUGCCAAGCCAACAGACUUUGACUUCCUGAAGGUUAUUGGCAAAGGAAGCUUUGGAAAAGUUUUCCUGGCCAAACGCAAGUGUGAUGGGACUUUUUAUGCUGUGAAAGUCUUGCAUAAGAAAACCAUCCUAAAGAAAAAGGAGCAAAACCACAUCAUGGCAGAACGCAACGUGCUUCUGAAAAAUGUCAAGCACCCCUUCCUUGUGGGCCUCCACUACUCCUUCCAGACCUCGGAGAAGCUUUACUUUGUGCUUGAUUAUGUAAAUGGAGGAGAGCUCUUCUUCCACUUGCAAAGAGAGCGUUGUUUCCGUGAGCCCCGUGCAAGAUUCUAUGCUGCAGAGGUUGCUAGUGCAAUUGGUUACCUGCAUUCCUUAAACAUCAUCUAUAGGGAUUUAAAACCUGAGAACAUCCUCCUGGAUUGCCAGGGACACGUGGUGUUGACAGAUUUUGGACUCUGCAAGGAAGGAAUGGAGGAAGAAGAGACUACCUCUACGUUCUGCGGCACUCCUGAGUACUUGGCUCCUGAGGUGCUAAAGAAGCAGCCGUACGACAGGACAGUAGACUGGUGGUGCCUUGGAGCUGUCCUCUAUGAGAUGCUUUUUGGACUGCCUCCCUUUUAUAGCCGGGACGUGUCUCAAAUGUAUGACAACAUUCUCCACAAGCAACUCCAGAUCCAAGGAAGCAAGACUGUGGCAGCCUGUGAUAUCCUGCAUGGACUUCUCCACAAGGACCAGAAGAGGAGGCUGGGUGCCAAAACAGACUUUCUUGAGAUAAAGAACCACGUAUUCUUCAGCCCAAUAAACUGGGAUGACUUGUACCACAAGAGGAUUACCCCUCCGUUCAACCCUAAUGUGGCUGGCCCAGCUGAUCUGCGGCACUUCGACCCAGAGUUCACCCAGGAAGCCAUCUCUGCCUCCAUCACCCACACACCUGACUUAGCAGCCAGCAGCUCCAGUGCCUCAGAUGCUUUUUUAGGAUUUUCUUAUGCACCAACUGAAGAGGACUUCUAGAUUUUAUACAGGCUUUCAGAAGCCAGGUUUUAACUGAAUGCAAUUUUACGUUUGCUGUUAUUGCUGUGGCUUUUCUCGUUUCAGUUUCCGAAAGGAAUAGUAAUGUCACUUUCUCAUGGUCUAAACCAGGGGACUAAUACACUAACUGGGUGGGAUGGAACGGAGCUCUUAGUUUGUGCUGCUUGGUGGAUUUGCCUCUAAGUGGGUGUUCCUGUAGCAAGGAAAGUGAGACACUAACAAUUAUCUCUGUACUAUUUGGUAGGGUUGUAUUCACCGUGGUUGUAUUUAUGACUAAGAUAUAUGUACCAUCACGCACAUCACAGCCACAUCUCUGGAACAGGUCAUUUCUAUGGUGUGGAGCUAACGCUGCCUUGUAACAAAGGGAAACUUCACAGCACAGCAGUGGGAAGCUCGUGGGCUUCUUCCUUUUGAAGUAGGAUGCGCUCAUCUGAAUGGCUGGGAAAAGGACGAUCUGAUCCCAGGAGCAAGGCUGGAGUUCAAGCAGGGCGGUUCAGCAAGCCUUCUGCGCAGGGCCACUACAAAAGCUCGUAGCUGCAGGCGUUCCCCUGCUCCUGCCUGGAGGUGCUCGUUGGAUUUCAGUACUUCAGAGCAGAACUGAGGAGCUCAGUGGACGCCGCUGAAGAAGCAGAGCCGCCUUGGUGGAAGGAGGGAGCGCUGCUGGGGGGAGGACAGAGCAGCCUCGUGCUGGGCUCAGCAGCUGUCAGUCGCUGCUGGCAGGGCUGCGGAUCCUGUGCUCUCCUAAGGGCUGCUCCUCAGCAGCAACAGAAGCCUUGGGGUGCGCGCGUUGCUCUGGCGCUGGCUGUCGCGAUGUGCGCACGAUCUUUGUUCUGCCUGAACGUAAAUGCCGGUGUACUGCUUGAGCACCGCUUCCCCCCUUUCUUUCCUCGACUCCUUUUCUUACUGCUGCUGGGAGGAGGAAAAAGGGGGCGAGUGCUGUUGGCGCUGAGGAAGCUCGUACGGAACCUUUCUCUUGUACGUGCGGCAGCGCCGCAGCCACCACGCGGUUUCAAUUAAAGCGCAACGCACCGCCGU